AUGUCAUGGUAUUAUUUGGAAAAUAGUUUUGACCUCAUCCGCUCCCAGAAGGAGUCUGUGAAACCCCAGCAUUUAGAUCCCCGACUUGAGAACCACCGUGAGAGAGUAGAAAGCAGGAAAGAAGGAUUGUCGAAAUGUGGAAGAUGCAAGCAGGCAUUUUACUGCAAUGUGGAGUGUCAGAAAGAAGACUGGCCCAUGCACAAGCUGGAGUGUUCGCCAAUGGUGGUUUUGGGGGAGAACUGGACCCCCUCGGAGACUGUAAGACUAACAGCAAGGAUUCUGGCCAAACAGAAAAUCUACCCAGAAAGAACACCUUCGGAGAAACUGUUAGCUGUGAAGGAGUUUGAAUCACAUCUGGAUAAGCUAGACAAUGAGAAGAAAGAUUUGAUUCAGAGUGACAUUGCUGCCCUUCAUCAGUUCUACUCUAAGCACCUCGAAUUCCCCAGCCACAGCAGCCUUAUAGUGCUCUUCGCACAGGUUAACUGCAAUGGCUUCACCAUUGAAGAUGAAGAACUUUCUCAUUUAGGAUCAGCGAUAUUUCCUGAUGUGGCACUGAUGAAUCAUAGCUGUUGCCCCAAUGUCAUUGUGACCUACAAGGGGACCCUGGCAGAAGUAAGGGCCGUGCAGGAAAUCCACCCAGGAGAAGAGGUGUUUACCAGCUAUAUCGACCUCCUGUACCCAACAGAAGACAGGAAUGACCGGUUACGAGACUCCUACUUCUUUACGUGCGAGUGCCAGGAGUGCACCACCAAAGACAAGGACAAGGCCAAGGUGGAAGUGCGGAAACUCAGUGAUCCCCCAAAGGCAGAAACCAUCCGAGACAUGGUCAGAUACGCACGCAACGUCAUCGAGGAAUUCCGGAGGGCCAAGCACUACAAGUCCCCUAGCGAGCUGCUGGAGAUCUGCGAGCUCAGCCAGGAGAAGAUGAGCUCUGUGUUUGAGGACAGCAACGUGUACAUGCUACACAUGAUGUACCAGGCCAUGGGUGUCUGCUUAUACAUGCAGGACUGGGAAGGGGCCCUGAGAUAUGGACAGAAGAUCAUUAAGCCCUACAGUAAGCACUAUCCUGUGUACUCCCUCAACGUGGCCUCCAUGUGGCUGAAGCUGGGCCGGCUGUACAUGGGCCUGGAGAAGAAAGCUGCCGGAGAGAAAGCCUUGAAGAAGGCUCUUGCAAUCAUGGAAGUAGCUCACGGCAAAGAUCAUCCAUACAUUUCCGAGAUCAAACAGGAAAUCGAAAGCCACUGAAACUGCAAUGUGCUGGCUUUCACCCUGAAACCGAGAGGACUGGAGGACUUCCCCUCCUGUACGUCCUCCAGCAUUUCUACAGACUCCCCGCAAUGAAAUACUUCUGCACCUCAGCCUUGCACACUUUGAGGUUGAUCUUAAUCUUCAACCUUAACAUUAAAUUAUUUUGAAUGCUUCUAUGUUAUUUUUAUAAGAGGUAAUGGCAUGGUUCUUAUGUCUUAUAUGAUUUGGGCAGAUCAGGUUUUAAAAUGCAAUUAUUUUUCCCUUCUUGCCUAUUGUCAUGACAAAACUGAACAAAGUUGAAUGAUGAGAGAAUAAAAGAGAUA